GUUGUGCCCGCCCGCCUGGUGUGAAGAUUUACUAGCAUUAGGGCAGCAAUCGAUCACAGAGUGGAGGGGCCUUUUGUCGUGUCGUCUGUGUCACGAAACGCGCCGGUUCGCCGUCUACGAGACUCGAUCCACAUUCCGGACCAAACUCACGGUUCCACGGAACGUCACCGACUGACGGGAAUCGUCGUCGCAGGAAUCCUGGCGGAUAUUGGCGAGGGAUCCUAAAGGCAAACCGCACGGCGACAGCCAAUGGUUCCCUCCCCCCGGAGGGACGUGCCGUGUCACCUAACUACUUUGCAUAACCUCCUGCUUGUUGUAGGGAACGUUUUGGUGGUUGACCCGCCGUUGACAACGCGACGUCAGCGUCGUAACUUCUGGCUUGUUGGUGUACUACCCCGACACGGUGGGAUCACUUACAAGUACACAGUUAUUCCAGGGGUGCUAGCAAAUCAAAGAGGCAGUCUGUCCUUGGGGAGGCUAUGUCGGCCGGGACGAAAGUAACCCACGGUUUCUGAGUGACAGCUGUAUAGGAACCACAAGACGCACCGAAGGACCGUUUAUCAAUGGACAAUAUUCGUGUACUAAAGCGGCCACAACGCGGACAGAAUAUCGGCGAUCCAGUAAAGAUACGGCCAAACUGCUGCUGCACAGUGCCACGCAGCUGUCCGCUGAGGUGAGACAUGGGCGACAUCCACGGCAGGCCGGAGCCGGCGGCCAGGACAGAAAGUCUGGUGGAGUCGCUCAUCCGGCAGACCCUGCUGGGGGAAACAGGUGAGGAACCAGGCUCCCAGGGGACACUGCUGGGGGACAUGCCCCCAGGGAGCGUGGAAAAGGCCAUUCACCUUGAUAGAGUCAUUCUCAAUGCGGGUCGAAAGUUCUCUGGGAGUCUGACACGGGGUGAGAGCGAGAACAGUACACGCGAUGCCCCUGAACUUGGGAACUCCAGUCACGGGACGACGGGGAAGUUUCCCAAGGUUGCUCGCAAGUCCAAUUCCGCGCAGGAAGUGAGGAGAGCGCACCGGAGCAAACCUGCCAGCAGCAAGAAGGCCAGGGAUGUAAACAAAGGUGGGAUGGAGGUGUGCCCAUUACCUACUGACCCUGGUAUUUCCCAGUUGGAAGGGGGCCAAGUGGCUGCCACAGUUGGCAGGGAUGCUGCGCUCUCUCCUGGGCAACAGCCAGUAAAGCAGGAGAUCUCGCCGGCCUCUUCUGAUGACAUCACCGGGUCUUCUCCCGACUCCGAGAGCACGAGGUCUGUCACCAGUCCGCGGAGCGAGGAUUCCUCCCUGACGACCAAUCAGGGCAGCAGCAAUGGUGUCUGCAGCCCCGUCCUGUCGGCGCCCAGGAAGAAGAGGAAGAGGUGCGGCGCGUGCGAACCAUGCACCCGGAAGGAGAACUGUGGAGAGUGCUCCAGCUGCAAGAACAGGAAGACUGGACACCAGAUCUGCAAGCUGAGGAAGUGCACGGAACUCAAGAAAAAGGUUGGGACAACAAGCAGUGGCAUGGAGCAGAGGACAAAGAAGGCUCAGACAAAAACGGACUGGACAACUGAGUUACCAGGACAGGGGAUCCCGUCACCUUUUGCGGACCAAAUCAAGACAAACCACCUCGCACCCCACCACCCAGCCUUCUACCCCAAUGGGGAAUGCCAGUAUGACCAAGAGCGACUGCACAGAAACCUGCCUGCGCAGAGGUUCGAGAUGCUGAACCACUCUGUUCCUUCCUCCUUUGAACCCUGCCACAGUCCCAACUAUGCAAGAGAGGAGGUGCACGCAGGGGAAAGGAGGAGGAGUCACGGUGGAUUGGCCGAUGCUCUGAGUAACGCGCCUCAGGAAAGCAGAAAUUCACACGUUCAUCCCAAGUUUAUGAAAAUGUCGGCCGAUGGCGCGUUGGUGCGGAAGGCAGCAGACUUGCACACAGUAUCUGCGAUGGAAGCUUCACAAUCAAAAAUGGAUGGAGAAAGGCAACCCAAUGCUGUCGAGCAAGCUGCUUCGGGAAUCAUGCUCCUACACGCGUUAACAUCUAGAAUGUCAGAAAAUGCCCAGAAGGACGAGUUUCAACAACAACAACAACAAGUAGUUCAAAACCACAAUAAACAAGCAGUCCACCCAUCAGCAAUCCCACCACAAACAGCAAAAACAACCCUACCUGCUCACGCGGCAAGAGACCACCAAAAGGAAACGCCGCCUAAUUCUUUUAAAGAUGUUCUAGAUCCUCAACAGUAUCAUCAUGGUAGUCAAAGCCAGUCUUUGAACAACUCAACACACUCGCAAAGAACACCAGAUGCUGCAAGAGCCUUCACACCGUCAGGCUUCUUUCAGUUGCAGGAAGUGCUCAAAGCUCCGCCGCCAUUUGAGUGGCCCGGAACUUUGGAAUCGGCAAAACCAAGAACAAUUUCCAAAACGCAUCCAGGCCAUCACGCAGAUCACCCUAACAAGUCAGGAAUGCCCGGAAGGGGAGAACCAUUCGGAAUGCCAGAAAAAUCAGAUACAUCCAGAAGAGCAGGAAAGUCAGAAACAUCAGCAAAAUCAAGAACAGUCGCUUCCGCAUCAGAACCACCAAGAAAAUCUGGCUCGCUUGGGUCCUCAGAUGUAGCACUGGAAGCCCAGAGAGCGCCUGGGCUGUCCAGAUUAUUGGAAUCACCCAGUUCAUGUAUUACAACAUCGGGAUUACCCGUUCCGCCGAGAACGCCCGAAAAGUCAGGAAAAGCUGGAGCAUCUGGUAGAACUAAGACCCUCGACAACCUGCUGAUGUCCACGCAGCAGCUACAGCAGAUGUUUGACAACUUGCCUUACAUUCCUCAGUCAGAGCCCGGACCAUCAUCCCAGCAGCAGCCGCCGACAACCCCACAAUCAACCCCAACGACGCCCAGGGCUUCUCAAGAAACGCCGAGAACGCCACAGAGCACACCUUUAACACCUCAGAGAACCCCUCACAAGACUGCUGGAGCACAUACUACGAAGUCGGACUGCAAGUUCGAGCUGCCCACUUGCAAUUGUGUUGAUUUUGUAAGUGAGAAAGCUGAGGGCCCAUACUACACCCACCUUGGAACAGGACCCACAAUACAAGCUAUCAGGGAGCUAAUGGAGAAAAGGUUUGGCCAAUCAGGAAAAGCACUACGGAUAGAAAAGAUCAUCUAUACUGGAAAAGAAGGCAAGAGCUCACAAGGAUGUCCCAUUGCAAAAUGGAUUGUAAGAAGAAGUAGUGAGGAGGAAAAGGUGCUGACUCUAGUCCGACAUCGGCCAGGUCACCGCUGUAACAGCAGCUACAUCAUCAUCUGCAUUGUUGCAUGGGAAGGGAUUCAGAGGGCCAGGGCCGACGAGCUGUACGACUAUCUGUCAGGCACACUUUCCAAGGCUGGACUGCCGACCACAAGGAGAUGUGGGGUUAAUGACACUAAAACCUGUGCAUGUCAAGGAGUUGAUGACAACAACUGCGGUGCAUCAUUCUCAUUUGGCUGUUCCUGGAGUAUGUACUACAAUGGCUGCAAGUUUGCAAGAAGUAGGGUACCCAAGAAGUUCAAACUGGAAGACCCCUCAGAGAAGUAUCUGAGCAAGGAAAUGAGAGCCAGAGAGGAAGCAAUCAUUGAGGACCAUUUCCAGAGGCUGGCCGGUGAAGUCGGUCCUGUGUAUGAGCAGCUGGCUCCGGAUGCCUUCAGAAAUCAGACGGAAUAUUCAGAAGUGGCAAGUGACUGCAGAUUAGGGUUUGGUCCAGACAACACCAGACCGUUUUCUGGCGUGACGGCCUGUGUGGAUUUCUGUGCUCAUGCUCAUCGUGAUCAACACAACAUGAACAACGGCAGCACAAUUGUGUGCACGCUGACUUGUCCUGAAAAUCGAAAACUUGGACCACCUCCAGAGGACGAACAACUCCAUGUCUUGCCCCUUUACAAGAUGGCACCAACUGAUGAGUUUGACAGCGAAGAAGGCCAGGAGGAAAAGGUCCGUACUGGUGCUCUAGAGAUGCUGACAAGCUAUACUCACCAGAUCCGCAUCUCGUCAAAGCCUAAGACCCCGAAGAAGGGAAGGAAGCAGAAGGACAACAGUGCAUCUUCCAGCAAUAACAAUAACGCUGAGUCCCCAGCAACUGAAAAGUCAAAGGAGAAGGUAGAAUCCAAGGUUCCUGAGAUCGUUCCCCAGCAAUCUCAGCAUGCUGCUUCACCAGCAUUCAACCACAGUAUGAAGCAGAUGGCAGCAGGGGUGAAUGGAGCCAUGAGGGAUCCUCCUGCAGUGAACAGAAAACUGUUUGCCCACAGUCAAGCCGGAAACCCCCAGUCAAUGGACAAGUCUCGACCCUUUUCCCAUCCCAUGCACAGUGAGCCAUCCUUUCAGACGAAGAAGCCGGAGUCGAAAGAGCUGGACCGGAUGACUCAGAGACAACCUCUGCAUGGAAGUCCGGAGCUUGGUCAUCAUCAGUUUGCAAGACAUGAAGCAGUAAAGAGACCCGCUUCAGCGUCAUGCGAUGGUCCAGCUGCAAAACAGGCGGCCCACCAUCAUGCCCGGGAGGACAACCCCUUCAUGAAGGCAUGGGCAGAGAACUUGCCUAGAGAUGCUGCAGUUCAACAGUCAUCAUCAGGAAAUCCAACAACCGCCAAGGACCCUGGCAUCCCCAGUUGGCAGACAGAGAUCGGGCUGCGGCCGAUCGUGCAGAACGGCCUGGGUCUCCAACAGCCCUGGUUUCCGUUUGCCCCCUUUCAUCACGUUCAGCAUCCAUUCCAGUUGGUCCAGCCGGCAGUCGGGCCAUUCAACCAGGCGGCGAACCAGCCGCACGCGGCGGCGCAGACGACGUCGUGGCAAGAUCCAUUCGAGAGCGCGCGUUUCGAAAAACUGUUUGCAGGUUUGGACAUGUUCCAGCGGGGCAGGCCCAACGUUGAGCAGAAUGGCGGCUUACAGGUGCAGCAGCAGCAGCCACUUAAACCAGACCUGGAUGCAGCUCGUGAAGCUACGACACCUUUACCAGGACCCAAUACACCAGCUCCAUCACCCCACAGCUACAAAGGGGCCUUCCAAGCCAAUCUACCUCCAACCAAUGCAAACAGCAAGGUAACUCCAUUACAAGGAGAUCGUCAUCUAUUUGCACCGGGCAAAGAGCCAGGUUCAAAGCACGUUGCCCCCACCAGUGUUCUUCCAAUGGGGUAUGGGCUACCUACCCCACCACCUCCACCCUACCCACACGGAGACAAGACCAACCAGUUUCCUCAGACCAAUCCUCCUCCUCCUCCUUCUAUGAAUGGCCACCGGGUACAUAGUCCCUUCAUCCCUAACAUUGGCAGUGAAAGGCACAUUUCUAAAGUUCAGUUGCCACAGGCAAAUUCACAGGAGGCUCAAAGCAGACCUCAGAGUGCAAGAUCUCUCAAUGGCGCUCAGAGUCCCCAAGUUCAUCAGCAGUCACAUUACCAACUUCCAAGCAUUCAGUCAAUUUUCCGAGACUCCGGUUUAACGCUGCCCACAGAGGCAAGGGACCAGAGUAUGUUCCAAGAAGGUCUAGCUGGUCGACGCUUCACAGAUGUUGCCAAGAAUUCCUUCAGACCCCAGACCCCCACAGAACAGAGGCCACCCUCCAGAAAAUCUCAUGUCCCAGUACAGCAACCUCUGGCCCCCAACGUUGCUGCCAAUCUUAAUAUGCCUCUACAGUUCCCAGCAAAGCAGCCACCUCCAAUACUUGAUGACCCAUAUGCUUUCGAACCCCAACAGACAAGUUCCAAUCAACCAGAUAGAAGCCCGAUGCCGCUCAAUCUGUCUCGACCAAAUCCAGUCCAAGUCCAGCCGCCUCGAAUUGAAGAGAAUGACAUCCUAGGCAACACUGCCUAUCCCCCUGCAUUGAAUGGCCUCAGAUCCCAGCUCCUCCAGAAGCUAAAUGCAGCUAUGAAGCCAGACAAAGACGGGGUUGUUCGAAUCAAACAGGAGCCGAUGGUCUGUGACUCCGAUCUCACAGACCACUUGCCUCCCCCUUAUGCCUUACAUAGGAAGGAGGAUGACGAGGUUUGGUCCGACAGUGAGGUCUGUUUCCAGGACGAGGACAUUGGUGGGGUGGCAAUCGCUCUGUCCCAUGGCUCUGUGCUUAUCGAGUGUGCAAAGCGCGAGCUCCAUGCAACGACGGCUAUCAAGAAACCCAACCGUGCCUGUCCGACCAGGAUUAGCCUCGUCUUCUACCAGCACAAAAACAUGAACUAUUCUCGGCACGGCUUUGCAGAGUACGAGCAGAAAAUGGCGGCCAAGGCAGCAGAGCAGGAGGAGGCACGAAAACACGCAGAGGGAGGGCGCAAAGUAGAGAGUAGCAUUGUCAAGGAAGCAGUUGCUGAAGAAUCAACUAAGAAGGUGGCUGAGAAAACCGGCCCUACAAAGCCAGCAAUUAAUAAUGCCCUGACAAUGACUACGGACACUGUGGUAACGCUCUGGUCAGUGGCAGUCCCUCAGGUGACAGGGCCCUAUCAGAAGUGGGUGUGAAAGGUGGCUCUUCCUUCUCUUGCUCAGCUGUACAACGAGUCGUAGUGUUGCUACCGCCUGUUUCCCACAGAGUGAACGCCUCCCACCUUGACAAAAGGAAAGGAAGUGGUGCUAUGAAGAACUAACUACUAUCAGCUGCUACUCUCAGUCUCAACAUUUUGUGGGAAACUCUCUGGUAGCAAGAAGAGGGACAGCUGGAAAUCGAAUCAGUCUUUGGUGUGUCAUGAAAAUGGCCAGAAAAGCUUGUUACCUUGCAAGAAGGUAUGAAGUAAAGGUAGAAAGAUCAAUGAUCUUAUUAUGAUGCCUACAUCUGGCUUAAAACAUGGGACACAAAGCCCUCUUUGGCACUACAGAUGACUCUCUACCAGAUUGCCAAUGGCCUUCAAAUCCACCACCUACCUCAGAGUGAGUAUAGAUCAUGAAAGGGAUACUAGGAGGUUCCUAUCCCACCUACCCAGUUUGGUGAAGUAAUAAGCAAAGACAUUACACUGGGUACCUGCUGCUGCAUCUUACGCACUGAUAGAGGGUGCAGGCACAAUUGUUAGUGAAAACCUCAACUCCAAAUGACAAAAAAUUUAUGUUUUGUCUGAAGAUUCAACAUCUUACAGGAUUUUGUUGUUGUUGAGGAAAUCGUAGUUCAUCUUCAAACUUUUCACUCUCCUGUAAACAGUGCAAGAUGUGCCAGUAGGUACCCUUUAAGAUAUGUUGUUAAACAUUUUCUACAUCAGACCCUACUCUUGACUACACAGGUGCUUUCAACAGUUAUAACACAGUUUGGUACCCAACAAUGCAAGGUGGUUGGGAUAAAAGUAGUUAAUUUUGGGAUAUACAUUUAAUGUGUUUAUAGAUGAUCUGUGCUGAAUUGACAACUUAAAAUAAGUGUUUACUGUACAGGUAUUUGUUGUUACAGGGUGCGUUGAUAUGACUGUGAUAAGUGCAGUGGUAUGACUGUACUUGAAUGUGAGUGUGAAGAUCUGUAGAAAAGUUUUACCGUUUUGUAGUACGUGUUCUUGGUGUAUACCUACAUGUAGCACACUGGUUUUUGUGCGUUUUAAUCGGCACACUGGUUUUGUGCAUUUUGUCGGCACACUGGUUUUUGUGCUGUUGUUACGAUGAACACCAUCGUAGUGUAUUUACAGGAUUCAGAAACAAAGUGAACUGCCGUAUAUGUAGUUGUGCAGUUUUGUACACAAUGUUCACAACUGGUGCUGGAUAUUCUUUAUUCUAGUUAUGACACUGAAGUUUCUGAAUAUGUCAUUGUUUAAGUGAUGUGUACUUAAUGUUAAUUGCUUGCCUGGUUCCAGGCAUUUUCCCUCAAUGAUGCAGCUACACAAUUUCGGGACAUCCUCGAGUUCUGGUGGUGCUAAACAUACAGUUUUUAAUCUAACAGUUACAGUCGAAAAAGAAAACAUCCUUUUCUCCCAUGUGUGUCUUUUCUAUAUAACUGUGUUGAUGUAAAAUCCGGACCUUUACAUGUUAGUCAGGUGAAAUGAUGUGAUAUUACAUAAUAUUCAUUACCAGUACAUUCCCACUCAACAUAUCACAGACACAAGGAUCUGCUACAUUGAGUCAGAGGAACGGGUUAGGUGGAGCAUCAGCUUGGCAGGAAAUCGAUCUUUUGCUCAAAUAUUGGAAAAGACCAUAAAAACACUUUGAGCUAUGCAUAAAGUUGCCCAUAACUAGUUAAAAAGAUGGGCACGAUGUUGGAGAUGCUCCACCUCAUAUCCGUAUGUUGGUUACUGUCGUUUUAGGCAGUAUGAAAGUAGUGUCAACAACAUUCAGGGAAAAAUUUUCCAUUACACAAUAGCUAACAUGACUUGUAUGACAAGAUUUUAGAUUGAGGAAAAUGAAUACAACCCAAUUGCUUUUAAUUGUGUACCUGUACAAAUUGUGCAUAUGGUCAAGGGGUGUGGACAACUUAUAAUAGUGGAAGAGUGUAAGUAGGUUUUAUGCCGUGUACGUGUUCAAAAUUAUGUCAAAUGUAUGUAGUAUUCUAAGAUGCAUGGUUUGUGUAUUUUUUCUACCACUGUGUAUGGCUGACUUUGGAAAGGAGUAGGUAUGGUGUGGCUUGUAAAUAUGUACACAGAGUUAUGACAUUGUGAUCAAGAGAUGAUGAAUCAAGCACUGUCUGCAAGAGCUUUCUAUUUCUGUUGUGAUGUGUUGUGUGCAUGUAGCAUAUUGCUACUCAAUUUGUUGUAUUUUUUCUCAGACAAUUUUAGUUAGGUUGGAAAAUUCAACCUAUUAAAAGAUAUAAAAAAUGAGGAACGAAAUACAGACCGAGGCUUCUCAACACUCUGUUCAUCUUUGAACAGAAGUUGGAUUAUCAAAAUCAUAGUUUUGACAACCAUAAUGUCUGAGAAAGAAUGAUAAUUAAAAUUGCCUUGUAUAGGUGGCUGCAACUUUUUGUUCACCCUUGUAAAUGUAACUGUGCUAUGAUAGAUUAUUUGUGUCGUAUAUCAUUAAUAAUACAGCUAUUGUGUAAUUAUACAAAUGUUGAUGGAUAGAAUUGUGCUGCUUUGAAUUUUUUGUUAGUCGGCUAUAGUAGAAAUCUAUACUGCUAUAUUCAAUUGUAUUUAGCUCUAAUAGUGUGAGAGAUUUGCCAACUUUAGUGGACUUUUUUGUGUGCUGUGAAGCUUGAUAGGAACAUAAUGGUAAUGAGUGGACCUUUAGUAGCUGAUGAGAUGUGUCAGACUUUGUAAUCACGCUGAAAAUCCUGGUGGGCAUGCUACCCAAACAGACGACCAAUUUGUACUCUCAAGGCAAACAAACCGUUAUUUUUGGUGCUUGACUAGGAUAUAACAGUUAUUAAAACAUAUAAUAUAGCAUGGAUGGAUCUCUUAAAGCCUCAGGACCACUUGACACAUCCAUACCUCAAACUUUUCUACCGACUUCUAUACAGCAUCCAUUUCCACUCUCACGGUAGUAGCAUGCCCACCUGUGGUUUUCGUAGUGUAUAAACUAAUUUUCGAGUAAUUGACCGUGUGUUUAGGAUACAGGAGGAAGUAUUAGUGGUUGUAUAUCAUGACAUUCAGCUGUACAAUACAGUAAGAGGGGAUGACACACACAUAUGAUGUACCUACUUGUGUGGAUGCUGCAACAGCUACAAUGUAGAGAACGAGAAAAAGAUGUGUACAUCUAAUAGGUUACGUUGAGUCGAAACUGGUUAGUGUAAUAGCUUAGUUGCAAUUUCAGAAGACCAUGAUUUGUAUAAGUUCUAUCAGGGUACUACCAUACAUGUACAGCUUCUGUCUAUAUUUACUAUUAUUAAGAUUUGUGUGUUUGAGUCAUAAUGACUUGUACUUUACUUUUGGUGCUGGUCAAUUCUACCAUAAAAAUGAUAGGCGGAAUCAGUUCCCUCAGAAUAUUGUGUUUAUUUGUCAUAAUUCACAUUCUAGAGGUAUACAUACUCUUGGAAAUUUUAAUUGAUGAGCUGCUACUAUAGCAGUUAUUAAUGUACUGUGAUGUGUAGUGGGCAUUUUUAUUAAAUCUAUUUAUUUAUUUCCGGAAUCAGCUGA